CUUCACGCCGCGGCCGGGGCCGCCCUCUUCCUCCCUCUCCGCCUCCCUCCCGUCCCCGGGGCCGCGGCACCGCCUCCUUCCGCGCGGCGCGGCUUCCUCCGGACCGUUCGGCGCGGGUGAACCCUGUACCCAGAGACAGCUAGUGCUGAUCCUGUAACCCAAAGGAAGAAAAUCCCUGGCUAAGCUCAGCUUUGAUAUUGGUAGCACCAUGUCUUUGAAGAUCCAGACAAGCAAUGUAACCAAUAAGAAUGACCCCAAGUCCAUCAAUUCUCGGGUCUUCAUUGGAAACCUCAACACAGCUGUGGUGAAGAAGUCGGAUGUGGAGACCAUUUUCUCCAAGUAUGGCCGUGUGGCCGGCUGUUCUGUGCAUAAAGGCUAUGCCUUUGUCCAGUAUGCCAAUGAGCGUCAUGCCCGGGCAGCUGUGCUGGGGGAGAAUGGCCGGGUUCUGGCUGGGCAAACUCUGGACAUCAAUAUGGCUGGAGAGCCCAAGCCCAACAGACCCAAGGGGCUAAAGAGAGCAGCAUCUGCCAUAUACAGUGGCUACAGCUUUGACUAUGAUUACUACCGGGACGACUUCUACGACAGGCUCUUCGACUAUCGAGGCCGCCUUUCACCAGUGCCCGUACCCAGGGCAGUCCCUGUGAAGCGGCCCCGGGUCACAGUUCCCUUGGUUCGGCGUGUCAAAACCACCAUACCUGUCAAGCUCUUUGCCCGCUCUACAGCCAUCACCACUGGCUCUGCCAAGAUCAAGUUAAAGAGCAGUGAGCUGCAGACCAUCAAGACAGAGCUGACACAGAUUAAGUCCAACAUCGAUGCCCUGCUGGGCCGCUUGGAGCAGAUCGCCGAGGAGCAAAAGGCCAACCCAGAUGGCAAGAAGAAGAGUGACAGUGGCAGCAGCAGUGGCAAUACUGGUGGCAGCAGUCGGCCACCAGCCCCUCAAGAGGACACCGUUUCUGAGGCAGGCACACCCCAGGGAGAAGCACAGGCUCGAGACGACGGUGAUGAGGAGGGGCUGCUGACACACAGCGAGGAGGAGCUGGAGCACAGCCAGGACACAGACACGGAGGAUGGGGCCUUGCAGUAAGCAGCCUGACAGGAAUGAUGACCACCGGCAGGAGGAGGGUGUGCACUGUCCAGGCCUCAAGCUGGGCACCCACCCCUGGAUGCCAUCCCCAGCAGAUCCCAGAGGAGAGCUGGCAGCAGGCACCUCCUCCCCCACACAUCCCAGCCAGUGCCACAUCCUCUGCAGGUGGAGUUACCGGCCUCCCCACCCCACGCAUCCUCCCUGUCGGCACUGCCCAGGACAGAGCACAGAGGUUUCCCCACACUCUGCCUCCCUUCCUCAGGACACUCCCAUAUUCAGGGGUGGGGGUGGGUGGGUGUGGUUUCUGUAGGUUUGGAGAGGUGGGCCAUAGCGAGGGGACCCCAACAAUAAACGAGAUUGGAUCCCAACUUGCUCUGAGAUGGGAUGGUUU